UUCCUUCUUGACAAUCAAUACGCAUAAUGGAAUGGGUAUGAUCUUACACGAUACAAGAUCAAAGAACAAUAGAAUUUGGGCUGAAGAAAGUUUAGAAACCACACUUUCCAUACCUUUUGAUUUUCAAAACGAUCUUAAGAUUUGACGAGAGUAUUUGUUUUCAAUUGUUUCAGAGAGGCUCAGUUUUGAUCACAUACAAUCAAACAGAUAAUUCGAUGGAGGACGGUCACAGGAUUGGCUCAGAUAUCUAAUCCUGUGAGCAGUCCCAUUUCAUGAAGGAUAAGGUUCCGACGGCUUCACCGAAUGUUCCUGCUUUCAACGAGCCUGGGCCGAGGGUAGGCUCCAAGCUGUUGGGACAUUUUUAGUCCAUCUUGGUCUCUCACCUCUGCCUCCUGCUCAGCUGUCGGAAUGCCAGGUGGCUGUGCUGCCCAAAGCAGCCCAGUCCGUUUUAAACUUGCUCAGAUUGCAAUCAGGUAACCUUCAGGGCCUAUUUAUAUGUGGUUCUCAAGUUUAAGGCUAGGGAAGUUUCCAGGAAGCUUAGUGUUCGGGGAGGAACUCCUUUUGCUUUUGCUAAUCAGGGACUCAAAAGCACAGCUGAAUCCCGAAGCCGGCACAAGGGAAAUGGAGGUACUACUGUCCCCUCACUGGAGGGCGCAUCACUUGGGGAGCGGGGAAAAGGUCCCCGCCUUCCUCGAGCCUGGUGCACUUUCGCUCCCACGGCCCCAGCGGGUGGUGAUCUCGACACCACGCUGGUGCGGGGUCACACGCCAGAGCUGGAAAGGGGAGGUCCAGCCCCAAGUAAAGCGACAAAGUAAGGACACAGUGGCGGCCAAGGGCUGUCUUCUAGCCCCAGUCCCGAAACACAGUGUGGAAACUCGGCGGGCGCCCCAGCCCAUGAAGCGCUCUGCUGGUCCCGCCGCAGCCCCUCCCCUGCGCGCCCCCACCUGUUGUGAAGCUCCCCAAGCUCCUUCUUGCUCAAGUGCUUUGGAAACUGCCAGAGGACACUCAGAGGCCAGGGAAUGUGACGGGCAAGCAUAAAUAUGCAGAAGAGAUGGAACCAAAAUAGUGGGCACGCAGGGCCGGCGCUCGCGGAAGUCGCGGAUCUGGAGCCCGGCCCCCGCCACCGAGUCCGCGCCAGCAGUGAGAAGACCUGGCGGGCGGCGCCGGCGCACUCCGGGUACCGAGUCUGCAAAAGGGGCCCCGGGCGGGCGACCGGACACCUCGCAGACUGCGGGCAGCAGUCGUUGCGGCAGCCUCCCUGGGGCUCCACGGACGACUCAUCGCCCGCCAUCCCCGGCCCGUUCCUGCCUGGUCCCCGACCCGAGCCCCGGAGGCGCCAGCUCUGCCCGGCCACGCAGCCCGGCUGCAUGGAGCCCGGUGCGGUGCCCCGGCCGGCAGAGCCCGCCACAGCGCGGGAAGCAGCCACCCGCCACGGGGAGGGCAAAAAGAAGAUGGCUGCGGCCGUGGCGGCGGCGGCAGCGGCGGCGACGGCUGCCUCACACGCAUCGCUGACGCCAAUGGUGCGCGCCGGUCGGCGGGCCGCGGAGGGUGGUGGCGGCGGCGGCGGCGGCCCGGGCUCCGGCGAGGGGCGGGGCGAGGCGGGGAGGGGGCUGGCCGGAGGCGGAGGCCGAGCCAGAGCCUGGAGGGAGGCGGCGGGGACGGUUUGUUGUGCUCGAAACAUGGCGGGCGUCGGCGACGCGGCUGCCCUGGGAGAAGGCGGCGGUGGCGGCGUGGACGGCCCGCAGCGGGACGGCCGCGGCGAGGCGGAGCAGCCGGGCGGCAGCGGCGGACAGGGGCCCCCGCCGGCGCCUCAGCACACGGAGACGCUGGGCUUCUACGAGAGCGACCGGCGGCGGGAGAGGCGCCGCGGCCGCACAGAGCUUUCAUUAUUGAGGUUCCUCAGUGCUGAACUAACAAGAGGGUACUUCCUUGAACAUAAUGAGGCCAAGUAUACAGAAAGAAGAGAAAGAGUAUACACUUGUUUGCGAAUACCAAGAGAAUUGGAAAAGCUGAUGGUUUUUGGAAUCUUUCUGUGCCUGGAUGCGUUUUUGUAUGUGUUCACCCUGCUUCCUUUAAGAGUUUUCCUGGCACUAUUCAGGCUCCUCACUUUGCCUUGCUAUGGCUUAAGGGACAGGCGUUUGCUUCAGCCUGCCCAGGUGUGUGACAUUUUGAAGGGUGUCAUUUUGGUAAUCUGCUAUUUUAUGAUGCACUAUGUUGACUACUCCAUGAUGUACCACCUGAUAAGGGGGCAGUCUGUCAUCAAGCUCUACAUCAUCUACAACAUGCUAGAGGUAGCUGAUCGUCUUUUUUCAUCAUUUGGACAAGAUAUAUUAGAUGCUCUCUAUUGGACAGCAACAGAGCCUAAAGAAAGAAAAAGAGCCCACAUUGGGGUGAUUCCUCACUUUUUCAUGGCUGUUCUCUAUGUCUUUUUGCAUGCGAUUCUUAUAAUGGUUCAAGCAACAACUCUUAAUGUAGCUUUUAACUCACACAACAAGUCUUUGCUUACUAUCAUGAUGUCUAAUAAUUUUGUUGAAAUUAAAGGAAGUGUUUUCAAGAAGUUUGAAAAGAACAAUCUCUUUCAAAUGUCAAAUAGCGAUAUUAAGGAACGAUUCACAAAUUAUGUGCUUUUACUGAUAGUGUGUCUAAGAAACAUGGAACAGUUUUCUUGGAAUCCAGAUCAUCUCUGGGUGUUGUUUCCAGAUGUCUGUAUGGUAAUUGCAUCAGAAAUUGCCGUGGAUAUUGUAAAACAUGCCUUUAUCACCAAAUUCAAUGACAUUACUGCAGAUGUCUACAGUGAAUAUAGAGCCAGUCUUGCUUUUGACCUUGUUAGCAGCCGACAGAAAAAUGCAUAUACUGAUUACAGCGACUCUGUAGCACGGAGGAUGGGCUUUAUUCCUCUCCCACUAGCUGUUUUACUCAUCAGAGUUGUAACAAGCUCAAUUAAAGUGCAAGGAAUCCUGUCUUAUGCCUGUGUCAUACUCUUCUAUUUUGGGUUGAUAUCCCUGAAAAUACUAAAUAGCAUCGUGCUGUUGGGGAAAUCGUGCCAGUAUGUAAAGGAAGCCAAAAUGGAAGAGAAGCUGUCAAAUCCUCCCCCAAACAGCACUCCAGGCAAGCCGUCCAGUAAAUCACAAAGCAAAUGUAAACACUCUCAAGGCCUUUCCACAGAAGAAAACCUGUCUGCCUCUGUCACCAACCAGCCUGUUCAUCAAAAGGAAAAUGUCACACCAUUACUUGUUACAAGCAAUUCAGAUCAGUUUUUGACAACUCCAGAUGGUGACGAGAAGGACAUAACGCAGGACAAUUCUGAAUUAAAACACAGAUCCUCAAAGAAAGAUUUGUUAGAGAUAGACAGGUUCACAAUUUGCGGAAACCGAAUUGACUGAAUCUGUGGCUCCGUGUGCUGAAGAAGCUGGGUCCUGGGGCAGCAAGUGCUGUGUUGCCAGGAUGGACAGAUGCUAAACAUGGCACUUAAAUAUUUAUUUAAAAACUUAAAUUAUUAUUGGCAAGCAAAUCUUAGUAUCUUUCUUCCAGUAAUGUGGUCUGGCUGAGGGUCAGAUCACAGGACAGGAGCAACCUCCAGCCUUGACUCUCUGGGAAACUUGAUGGAUUAUAAAACUUCCUCCUGCUUGGCCAUGCAGCAGUGUCACUUCUGGGACCUAACCAAGGCAACAUCAAAAUCUGUUUUGCUUUGUCAGUCUGGGCUUCCAGAAUGUUGAAUUUGCCUCAAGGCCUCUUCAGUAUAGGGAAAUACCUGGAAAACCGUGAGGCUUUUACCAUGACGUUACCUUUCCAGUCUGAUACUAUUUUCACAAAUAGUUUUCAAACUUUACUUCAUCUGCCAAAGCAUUAAAAAAAAUAUUAAACAUAAGUCAAGAUAAAUGUUCUUACCACCAGAAUAAUCCUUAAAGAUGUAUCUUAAUUAAUCAGAGUAAAAGGCUACCUUAAAUAAGACAUGGUGAAUAGUAGCACUUUGUAGGAUAAACAAACGUUAAACCAGUUAAUUUAUUUUAAAAUAAUUAAGGAAGGCUAUGCAUUACUGGGAAAAAUCCUUCAUAAUUUUUCAGUUUAUUCUUUAAAGCAAAAUGUGAACUGUAUGUCAUUUAAUUGCAGUGGAUAAAAUACAAUUGAUUUCCUUACAAAAGGGCACUUUUUAUACCAGGGAAGCAGAGCAGUGUUAACUUUAAGGUAUACUUAACUGGUUUCGCUUUAAAACUAAUUGCUUCAUAAAUUAUUACAGCUAAAAGGAUUUGGUGUUGAACAGGCUAAAAAAUUAUCAAUGUACAAAAUUCAAAACUGUCAACUGUAAAGUAAAUGCUCCAAGUGUAUUAGGCAGCAUCAUCUUGCUUGGGCUUGUCAAAUGCAUCACUCCUUCUGUUUGGGUUGACAGUCAACAGUGGGUGUGGCUGUGCUGGAGCAGGGUGUGUGUUCUGUGGGAGGGUGUCUGUGGGGAUGUGACUGUCAGGGUGGGCCUGUGCUGGGGGCUGGAGCAGACCCUGGUCUGGAGAGGAUUUUGUGUGGAGGUAAAUGGGAUAUUUGAGGUGUAUAGUUGGCUAUCAGUGUGGGGAGACAUCUGUGUAUGGCUCUUGGGAACAGCAACCAAAAGGUGCUUUUUGGUUUUGAGAUCAAGAUUCUGUUUCCACUUAAUUACUAGUUUGUGGCCUACAUCAUAGUUCAGGUUAUUUCCCAUCCCAUUUUAUCUUGAGAAUCCUGUUUGCAUUUCUGUAAAACUUCUACAACUUCUGAUUUCAGAACUGUCCAGAAGAUGGUACUGUUAACUGUUAUUUCCUUUGAUGUUUUGAUUUUGAAGUUUAGCUCUCAUGCAGAUGUUUCAGGCAUGUAUAUACAGAAGGCAAAUUUUAGGUGAUUUGUCUGUUUCUUGGAUGAAAUAUAAAGCAAGCUUUAAUGUUUUGACUUGUUCGUUUGAAAUACAAAAAAAGUAAGUGAAUUUUGAUGUUUUGCAUUAACUAAAGAAAUCUGAAGAUUAAACUUGAUAUUGUAUGGACAUGCCUUUGUGAAACCAGGAAGUAUUUUAUGUUAAAAAUGAAAAAAUCUUUUAAUUGCUUUGUGUGUGUUUUAGUGGAGCCCCAUUUUAGAAUUACUAGUUUUUCCAUCUCCCUUUACCAACAAAAGGAACAACGCCACAGUGAAUGGAAUAGUUUGGGGAAAGCUUUGCUAAACACAGCCCUGAUUUCAGAGCAGGAAUAUGGUUUGGAUAGAUCUUCAAUUCCGCUUGAAUUCUGUUACUAUGCUGUCAUUUUCGGAAGAUUUCCAUUCCUUUGCAGAAGCUGUUGGGAGUUCUGGAUUAUGUUCAUUUCUUCUGUUAUAAUGGCAUUCAAUACUAAUUUUAUAAGUGCAUCUUGUGUGAAACUCAAUAAAUUCAAUUUUGUAAUCUUUUUUAAAAA